CAAAUGCAAAUCAUUUCCAAUCCAUAUCCAUCACGAGUGUGGGUGUGAGGCCAUUACGAGUUUGGUCGUGGAUGAGAUCAAAUUUCCCUCCAUCUUCUUCAAUUCAUCCUGUGAAAACAACAACCUUUGAAUUCACCAACCAAUGUCCACACUAAGAAUCACUCCCCCUUUACAAAUUCACCACCACCAACACAAACCCCACAAUUUAGGCUUUUCCUCAAAACCCCCUUCAUCAAAUCAAAAACCCACCUCAUACUCCUCAUGGAUCGAGCAGCUUCGUUCUCACACUCGUUCAAACAACUUCCACGAAGCUAUUUCGGUCUACAUCGACAUGACGACAGCCGGUCACCAUCCGGAUAACUUUGCUUUUCCUGCACUUUUAAAAGCAGUUACUGAAAUUCAAGACUUCAAUUUGGGUGAACAGAUUCAUGGAGCUGUUAUUAAACAUGGGUAUGAUGCGUCUUCGGUAACGGUUGCAAAUACGGUGCUGAAUUUCUAUGGGAAAUGUGGGGGGUUAGAUGAUGUACUCAAGGUGUUUGAUAAAAUUACUGAGAGAGAUAAAGUGUCAUGGAAUACGUUGAUUGGUUCCUUGUGUAGGCUGGAGGAGUGGGAGCUUGCGUUGGAUAUGUUUCGGCGAAUGCAGUUUGAACAGGUUGAGCCGAAUUCGUUUACUUUGGUGAGCAUGUCGGUUGCUUGUUCGAAUUUAGAAACUCGACGGGGUGUCAUGCUUGGGAAGCAAGUUCAUGCUUACGCGUUAAGAAUUGGGGAAAGUAUGAGUUUUGUAUACAAUUCUUUGAUGUCUAUGUAUGCGAAACUUGGAAGGAUUAAUGAUUCGGUUUCGAUAUUUGAGCUUUUUGCUAGUAAAAACAUGGUUUCUUGGAACACGAUGAUAAGCUCGUUGUCGCAGAAAGAUAAUUUUGAGGAUGCGAUGGCGGUGUUUCGGGUUAUGAUUCUAGAAGGGGUGAAGCCCGAUGGAGUUACACUUUCGAGUGUUCUUCCUGCUUGCUCGCAUUUGGAGUUGCUAGAACAUGGGAAGGAGAUUCAUGCUUACGCGUUAAGGCACACUAAUUUGAUAGAGAAUUCAUACGUGUGUAGCGCGUUAGUUGAUAUGUAUUGCAAUUGCAGAGAGGUUACAAAUGGUUUUAGGGUUUUUGAUGGCCUUGUGCACAGAAGUCUUGCUAAUUGGAAUGCUAUGCUUGCUGGUUAUACGCAGAACGGGUUUUACGAUGAAGCAUUGAUUGUUUUUCUUGAAAUGAUCGAGUUUUCAGGGCUUGUUCCUAAUCCCACAACGAUGGCGAGUGUAUUGCCAGCUUCUACGCACUGUGAACGUUUUCGUGAUAAAGAAGGCGUGCAUGGUUAUGUCGCGAAAAUGGGGUUUUCGGAAGACGGGUAUGUGCAAAACGCGCUGAUGGAUUUGUACUCUAGAAUUGGAAAGGUUGAUGUUUCAAGAAACAUAUUUGAUAGCAUGGAGGUUAAAGAUACGGUUUCUUGGAAUACGAUGAUCACUGGAUAUGUGGUUUGCGGAUGUCAUGAACACGCGUUGGAUCUACUUCAUAAGAUGACACAAAGAGAUGAACCAAACGUUAAAAACGAGCGUAAACCGAAUGUAAUAACAUUAAUGACGGUUCUUCCAGGAUGUGCAGCGUUAUCAGCUCUAGCAAAGGGGAAAGAAAUCCAUGCUUACGCUAUUAGAAAUCUGUUGGCAUCGGAUGUUGCCGUAGGAAGCGCACUGGCUGACAUGUAUGCUAAAUGUGGCUGUUUAACGUUAGCCCGAAACGUGUUCGACAAGAUGCCUAUAAGAAACGUGAUCACAUGGAAUGUCAUGUUCAUGGCUUACGGUAUGCACGGGAGAGGAGAUAUCGCGUUAUCACUUUUCGAAAACAUGGUGGCUGAAGUCAAGCCGAAUGAGGUCACAUUCAUUUCACUUUUUGCAGCGUGCAGUCAUUCGGGAAUGGUAACUGAAGGACAGAACCUGUUCUGUAGAAUGAAAGAUGAAUUUGGCGUUGACCCAACAGAAGAUCACUAUGGCUGUGUGGUUGACUUGCUCGGUAGAGCGGGUCAAUUAGCCGAAGCCCAUGAGCUUAUCGAUAGCAUGCCUUCGCCGUUCGAUAAAGUAGGUGCUUGGAGUAGCUUACUUGGAGCUUGCUGGAUUCACCAAAACGUUGAACUCGGUGAGAUUGCGGCUCGUCGGUUGCUCGAAUUAGAGCCGAACGUUGCUAGCCACUAUGUUCUUCUUUCAAACAUCUACUCAUCUGCUGGAUUAUGGGAGAAAGCAACAGAAGUUAGAAAAACUAUGAUCAGAAACGGCGUAAAGAAAGAACCGGGUUGCAGUUGGAUUGAGUUUGAUGAUGAAGUUCACAAAUUCGUUUCUGGGGAUUUUUCGCACCCGCAAAGCGAGCAACUUCACAGGUUUCUUGAAACAUUAUCAGAAAGACUGAAACAGGAAGGUUAUGUUCCCGAUACGUCAUGUGUUCUACACAAUGUAAACGAGGAGGAAAAAGAGACUUUGCUAUGUGGGCACAGUGAGCGUCUGGCGAUUGCUUUCGGGUUGCUCAACCUGCCACCUGGCGUUCCAAUUCGUGUAGCGAAGAAUCUUAGAGUGUGCAAUGACUGCCAUUCUGCAACCAAGUUCAUUUCCAAGGUUGUUGAGAGGGAGAUAAUUGUAAGGGAUGUUAGAAGAUUUCACUAUUUCAAAGAUGGGAAAUGCUCGUGUGGAGAUUAUUGGUGAGAUCAAGAUUUAAACGGAGUUGAUUUGCUAUAGUAGAUGUUCAGAUUUUGGACUUGAAUCAUGAAUCGAAUCGAAUUGGUUUAUUCAUAGGUUAGCUCUAAAACUUUGUGAAGGUCCUACAAAAAAAAUUGUAAAGUGUACUUUGUUAGUGAAAUCAGAAAACAAAUCAAAAUAUAUAUUUUAUGUGUA